AUGCAUAUUUUGAAAGGACAAGAGAGUUCAACUGGAAAUGGAAACGAUUGCAUUCUUAUAACACCUCCUCUUUCACCUCCCAAGUCAAAAGCAUUGACCUUUCACUCGAACGGCAUUCGAGAUGGUUCUUCUUUAAGAAAGCAAAACCUGUGCGCUUGUAUGAAGGGGAUUGUUUAUGAAGUCUACAAAAGCCAACCAAAACUUUGGCUUCAGCAAGAAAGGAUAUGGCUUCGCAAAGAACAUGUAAAGCCAAUUGCAAAAGUGCGUCGUCAAGGUUUUGUUGGACGUCGUGGAAAUCGCAUUGUCUCUUCUGUGAUAGAAGCGGAGACUUCGUCGUCAAAGAAUACCUCUCGCGAACCUUCACCAUCCAAUAGUGGACCAGGCACUCGCAAUUCAGAACUGCCAACCCCAGAAGCUUCUGUUUCUCCGGUCGAAACAAGGGGAAGGAAGUCAACACGCGGGUCAGGCCAGUACAAUGGCAUGGACGUUGCAAAUAUCCCAUUCGAAGCCCUGCCUGAUUUUUGUCCCGACAUGUCUGUGCUCGAUAAACGGUCCCAUCCUCGUCCUCUGCGUGCUGAAUGGAAGGGUCCUCCUCUAGACCUUUCGAAUGACCCUCAUUACCAUCUUUUACAUCCUGCUGAAGUCCAUUUGGCUUCUACCCUUCGUUUACCCUGUGCAGUGUAUCUGGACAAUAAACGACGCAUUUUUGCCGAAUGGAAUUAUCGAAAACAACAGGGGCUGGGUUUUCGGAAAACAGAUGCACAGCGUGCUAGCCGUGUAGAUGUCAACAAGGCUAGUCGAUUAUGGAAAGCUUUUCAUGAAGAAGGUUUUUUUGAUGAAUAA